AAAAAAAAACCAAAUCCAAUAAUGUCAACAACAUCUCCCGCCCCCUCAGACUCCAGCACCCCCAACAACAGCAACCCAAAGACAACAACAGCAAGCACUCUCCUCCCCAACGACACCUUCCCCUUCCCGCGCGAAUUCUUCUUCCCCCCCUUCUUCACCCGCCAAACCAACCUGACGACCCACCACGCCCAACUCACCAAAUGGUCCUCCCUCUUACUCGCCUACUGCCGCCAUCACCGCCUCUUUCGUCUCUCCCUGAAUCCUGACGCCCUUCCCUUCCACAACCCGCGUAUCAACCGCCGCUUGGCGCCGGGGGAUAUCAGACGGGUAGUGGAUUUUCUGAGAAGAGAUGGACGGGCCGAAUAUGUUCUUCCUCUUGGUCAGACUAAAAAGGAUGGGGCCAUGACAACGACGGCAAGAGGAGGAGGAGGGGAAGCGGGAGAGGGAGGGGAGGCAUUCAUCUACUGGCGGACACCAGAGGAAUGGGGAUCGCUGAUUGAAGGAUGGGUGGAGGAGACGGGACAGAGGGGGUCCGUCUUGACUGUUUACGAGCUGAGGGAGGGAGAGGGGACGAGGGGGACCGAGAUUUGGGGGAUGGACGGGGAUGUGCUCGUCAAAGCGCUGGGUACGGUAGUCAAGAGAGGGAAGGCGCAGAUCUUUCAGAGUGGCGAGGAUUCGUUGGGUGUCAAGUUCUUUUAAGACAGAGCGCAGCGAGGGAUGGAUGGAAGAGAAAAGGGAUGGAAAGAUGGGCGAGGUUGACUGGGUGCGUGGGUGGGCGUGGAAAUCAGAAGCGUGGUUGAUGAGGACGUCGAUGGCGUUUAUGGGACCUGUCAGUGAUUCAUUGUUGUGGCGGUCAACGGGCUCACUUCAAGAGGGCCCAGAUUUACUGAUGGAUGGAAUGUGUACCAAUGCUUACACCGACUUUCGUUCUAGAUUUACUACUCGCGAAGGUAGCGGGAUAUCAAAAGCUUCUGAGUCGGGGAAUUUUGAAGGGAGAGAUGACUACAGCGUGUGGCGGUAGCCAUACUCGACACAGUCACAUCCUUUUUUUCCUCGCUAGGUAUAUAUGACAAUGUUUGAUUAUUGUACAUAAUACAGCUCGGAAGUUACCACCAUGCCAUAAAGCGUGCUUCUCUGACUCGA